UGUCAAUGUCAAUUCAACAACUUGAGAAGUUAGAAUUUCUUUGUUUACGUACAAAUUCAUAAUAAAAAAUAAUUAUUGUAUGAGUCACUUAGUUUUAUACAGUUUCGUGUGAAUUCGUUAUAUUAGAACUGAUGAGUUCUUAGUUUUUAAUUGCUAGUGUAAUAGAAAGUGUGCCACUAAUUUAUAACGGCGUAAGGGGUUAUGAUUUGGGUCUGAUUCCUGAAUCAUGGCAUUGCCUGUAGAAGAAAGUUCUAUGAUAAAUGAUGAUAUCGAAAAUGAUGUCACGAGUAGUCACAGAAACCUAGUAGUUAACGAGAGAGUUGAAGAAACAACAGGAUGGAUCAAAUGUCGGACAGUCCUCGGUAUCAUGGGCUUCUUUGGUUUUGCCAAUGUCUAUGCAAUGCGGGUCAAUCUCUCAGUGGCAAUCGUAGCAAUGAUAAAUUCCACAGCCCCAUUACCUUCAAAUGAUUCCACAUUAGAUGUAUGCCCGUCUAGUGCCCCUAGUAACAGUACUGUACCACCUAGACAAGGAGAUUUCAACUGGACGACAGAGCAACAAAGUAUUAUAUUAGGUUCAUUUUUCUAUGGAUAUGUUUUGACUCAGAUCCCAGGUGGACGAAUAGCCGAAAUAUAUGGCGGGAAACUCGUUUAUGGCGUUGGAGUGUUACUGACUGCAGUUUUCACGCUACUCAGCCCGGUCGCGGCGUAUAUAGACUUUAAGUUAUUCAUUGCUGUGCGAGUUCUAGAAGGCUUGGGUGAAGGUGUAACAUAUCCAGCCAUGCAUGCUAUGCUGGCACGAUGGAUCCCACCUUUGGAGAGAUCUAAGUUUGCGGCUUAUGUGUACGCAGGUUCUAACAUAGGUACUGUCAUAUCAUUGCCAAUAUCAGGUUGGCUUUGCACACUAGAGUUUGGAGGCGGCUGGCCGCUCUGCUUUUAUCUGUUCGGAGGACUCGGCGUCAUCUGGUUCAUUGCGUGGCUGUUCCUGAUCUAUGACACCCCUCACAGACAUCCAAGGAUAUGCCCCAAAGAAAUUGAGUUCAUUACACAAUCUAUUGGACCACAGGAGGAAGAGCAAUCGAUGUCAAUUCCGUGGUGCAAAUUCCUGUCCUGCCUGCCACUGUGGGCGAUCCUCAUCGCGCAGUGCGGCCAGUCGUGGCUGUUCUACACGCAGCUGACGGAGCUGCCCACCUAUAUGAACAAUAUUCUGCACUUUGACAUUGUAUCCAAUGCGCGCCUGUCCGCGCUGCCGUACCUCACGGCGUGGGUGGCGGGCAUCUUGAUCAGUAUAUUCGCGGACUGGUUGCUCGCGAAGGGCUGGAUUUCGCGGCUGAACAGCAUGAAACUGUGGAAUACUGUCGCGGCGUUCAUGCCCGCGUUUGGGCUACUGGGUAUCGCGUGGGCGGGCUGCGACCGUAUAGCAGUAAUGGUUCUGCUCUCAGUUACUUCGGCCUUUGGCGGUGCUGCUUACGCGGGUAACCAAAUGAACCACAUCGAUCUGUCGCCACAGUUCGCGGGCACUAUGUACGGCAUCACGAAUGCUGCUAGCAAUAUCUGCGGCUUUAUGGCGCCCUACGUCAUAGGCCUUAUCAUCAGUGAUAAGCAGCAAACUUUAGGGCAAUGGCGCGAGGUGUUCUACUUGGCAGCCGCUAUCGACCUCGGCGCCAAUCUCUUCUACUUAUUCUUUGCUAGCACAGAAGAACAGGACUGGUCACGUCCAGAAAUCGAUGACAUGACAAUCUCAGCGCCGGUGGAAAGCCUCAUGUUCCCGGAGUCGUAGGGCCGAGCCACGUGCGGCGCCGACACCGCGCUCUAGCGCUAAGGGCUGGACUGUACUACACUGUGCAUCGUGCGUACUCGAAUGUGAUAUAAAGGGUUUGAAUAUUUUAGCAUGGAGCCUGCUUUAAUCAAUAGCAUUAAUCAAUGACAUCAAUACAAACAAGUAUUGUAUAAGACGAAAUCUUCCAGUGUCAAGUUACCAAGCUAAAAGCUAUCAAAGUUGUACUGGUAGCUAGACUGUUGUACUGAUGACGCCACUAGUACAACUUUGAUAGCUUAUAUCUUGGUAACUUGACACUUUGGAAGAUUUCGUCUUAUAGAAUACUUGUUUAUAUUGAUGUCAGUCUAAUAUAGGUUUCAUGUGUGGCCGCCAUUUUGGAUAAAAAGAAAAAUGGCGGCCUACUAGGCAGGUCAAAAUCUUUAAAGCCAUUCCUCCUUUGUUAUACAUGUUCUUUGUCACAUACCGCUUAGCCUUGGUUGUAGUACCAAGUGUACCAAUAUCCGUUAACGCAUUUGUGUGCGUAACGUAAACCACAUCGCUAUCAAAACUGAGGGCCACGCACACUAUAAAAAUGUGUGUGUGUGCACCCACACAAACUUGAAAUAGAAAAUCUGUAUUAGUUUGCGAUCAUAUUUUCAUUAACUUUAAUCUAAUUUUUAAUGAAACAAAGCAAAUUAACUAGCAAGUUUCCUGGCUAGUUUUUAAUAAAAAUACCUCACCUCGCAACAUCUAUUUUCUUUUGUGUCUGUAGUCUGUACUGAAUUCAAUUCCCGUUAUCAUUAAAAAAAUACUUCUGUACAAAAGGACAGUUUUAAAUUGUAAAUACAAAGUAAAUUAUUAUUAUGGUGCUUUAUGUUCUAGUUUUAAUGUGUCCAAAAAUAAAACAACUCCAAGCUACUUUGGUGCAUCAAAAAACGUAAAACGGCCAAAGAACUUUUAUAAAAAAAAACGCAUAGAUUUAGACGGUUAUCAAGGCAAUACAAUACAAAUGUAAUUGUAAUCACUUGGAUUAAUUAAUUAAUUAUAUGUAAUUGAAAUGAAAAACUACACAGCUAUUUUAAAAAUGCUUAGAUUUAUAAGCAUAUUUUUUCAAGUGUUAACAGAGUGUAAAAAUUAUUAGUAAAAUACGUACGAGUAUUAGUUAAUCGGUUUUAUUAGCAUAUUAAAAUAAACCAUAAAAUAACUUACUCCUGAGUGGUUUAAUGCUGAUAAUAUGAGUAAAUCCAAGAAUAUAUUGUAUGAAUGGACCAUAAGUAUAAUUUAUUAAAAAUUGUAGUAAAAUGCAUUGAGUAAUUGCGCUGUGACUGUGAUGUUGACACACAGGACCUCUACGAAUACUAAUUGUUUGAAUGCAAGUUUGAACUCGUUUAGCCCUCGUUCGCACGAGCGUUAAAAAGCGUUGCGUUAAAACCCGGCGUUGCGCUGACAAUAUAAAGUGUGCGUUAAAAAAGCGUUGACAUGUGAACAGAUACUUGGGAAUGCAUUUGUUCUAUUUAAACGCUUUUAUAACGGACGUUAAAAAAGCUCUCGUGCGAAUGAGGCCUUAUUGGUCGAUUGAACUCGCCGUGUGGUUCAGAGCAACAUAUAUCGUACUCUAUAGUUCAGAACGGCAAUGUUAUUUGACGAAGACGUACUUUAUUAGUGAGGAAUUAAUAUUUUUAAUUAAUCUAUUUGCGUUUGUACUUUUUUAGACAAUUAUGAGAUAUAUUAAGAAUUGCAGUUAGCAAUAAUAAUAAUUAAUAAACGCAUAUUAUGAAACUUGCGGCUAUGGAAAUGCUUCUUGCGUGAUAUUAUUUAACAUAUAAUAGUAUAAAUAGCUGAAGAACAAUGUUUUUGUACAACAGUAUAAAACUUCUAGUUUUAGAAAUCAUAGGUACCAAUUUUUAUUAACUAGGUACUUAUUUAUUAAAGGGUUAACAUACCUGAAUAAAAUUUUAUAUUUUUAACGAAAAUGGAAGUUCGUGUUAGAAUUUAUAAUUAACAUUUCAAAAUCUAACCUAAUCUUGUAGUUUGAAGUUUGAACCAGUGCUGUGGAAACCUAAUGAAUUCAGACUUUAACCAAAACCAAAAUUAAAUGUAGUAUUUUUUAAAUUAUAUUUAUUAUAUAAAAUGACGAGUUUAACUCGUUUCUAAAGGGUAACGUAUCGAAAGCCAAUUUGAAUUCGCUCAAAUAUAUUUUUUACUAUUAUAGGGCUCAAGAAAUGGUACGGAACCCUAUAUAAAUAAAUCGGUCCAAAGGGCCUUAGCAAAUGUUAUGCAAUCAUUCCAUGAUAAAAUAAUAGAAUUAUUUUUUUAAGUUAAUAGUGAAAUCAGUUACAUAACAGUAUUCAUUUUAAUCAGUUAUGUUCAUUUAUCUUGUAUUAGAGAAUAUUAUUUUAGUUAAAAAUACCAUUGAUUUUCCAGUGCAUCAUAAUAUGGACGCAACCAAUUAAUCUAUGUAUUUAGAUUUUAUAUACCGAGAAAAGGAGGAAAGUUAUAAAUACAUAGUAUUUUAUUUUACUAACACCUAUACUUGCACAAAAUUGUUAUUAUAAUAAGUAAAUCGAAUUAUUUUAUUUUUGUAAUUCAAGUUAUGUAUCGUACAAUAUAUUAUUCCAUUAAU